CUAUACUACAUCAAUUUAAAAACUAAUGGUCUAAGUCUAAGUCUGUCUACUUGUCUAAGUCUAAGUCUCCAAGUCGCAGUUUAACGCAACCUAGAGAAUUAGACGACAGGUUUUAUAUUAAAUAUAUAAAGUGUUCAUACAUAUAUAUAUACAUAUAUAUAUAAAUAUACAUGUGUGUAAUUUAGUGUAGUUGUCCAGUUGUCGAGAAACCAUCACUAGACUCGUAUUAUCAUUAAAGUUUUGUUGAAAAAAUAAAAACCAGGAGCGCUCGUCAUAACAGCAACGAAAAGUGAAAUUUAAAAAUAUAAAUAAUGGAAUUUGUGAUUUAUCAGACAAUAUAUCAAGUAACAAAUGAAUCAGCAACAAGAAAUGGUUAAGAGCGUUAGUAUAUUGAGUUUAUUUAACGAGCACGAUAAAUUAAACACUAGUUAAAUUUGAAUUUUUAAAAAUCAUAAAUUAUUUAAAUUUGAAUUUUGGCGAACGAUAAUUGAAAAUUUAUUGAUUGGCAGGUGGGAGAUUUAAAGUUUCAAAGUUAAUUAUUUAAAUACCUCUGCUGUUGAUGAGUUACAAGUUUGUGGAUAAAAAAAAGUUAUUUGUUAAGUAAAAUAAUAAAAGUUUUCUCAUGAGCUCUUCCAUUGGAAUUGGAAGUCUGGUAGUAAGAUGGCUGUGCAGUUGGACGGCGGGGGGAAAGAGGAUUUAAAAACACAAUUUGUCACGAGGGAAGGAACAUACAAGCUGAUGACAUUGUCAGAAUAUUCACGUCCUAAUCGUGUGGGUAAUACGGACACCAGAGGAAGUGCAUCAGUCAGGGUGUCGUUUGUUACUUUGCCGGAUCCCGCCGACCCCACGGGGGCACAAGGACUUGGGGACCGAAUGUGCUUUAAUUUCGGCAAAGAAUUGUUCGUUUACGUCUACAGGGGUGUCAAGAAGGCCGUGGAUCUGAACAAACCAGUUGACAAAAAACUGUACAAGGGAACAAACCCGACGUGUCAUAAUUUCAACCAGACAACAGCGACCGCCGACACGGCACCACUUCUAGUAGGAUUUUCAACCGGACAAAUCCAACUUAUCGACCCGAUAAAAAAAGAAUUGAAUAAAUUGUACAACGAGGAGAGGCUUAUAGACAAAACAAAAGUGACCUGCAUUAAAUGGGUACCGGGGUCGAGUAAUUUAUUCCUCGUGUCCCACAGUUCUGGUCAACUUUAUUUGUACAAUUGGGAGCUUCCUUGCGGCACAACCUCACCGCAUUACCAGCCGUUUAAAUCCGGGGAUGGAUACGCAAUUCACACAUGCAAGACAAAGUCUACGAGGAACCCGUUGUACAGAUGGGUAAUUGGCGCCGAGGGCUGCUGCAUUAACGAGUUCGCCUUCAGUCCCUGCGGUACAAAUUUAGCAGUCGUGUCCCAGGAUGGUUUCCUCCGUGUGUUCCACUACGACACCAUGGAACUCGUCGGUUCAGCGCGCAGUUACUUCGGUGGUUUUCUGUGCGUAUGCUGGUCCCCAGACGGACGUUACGUCGUCGUCGGAGGCGAGGACGAUCUCGUAACAAUAUGGAGCUUUCACGAAAAACGAGUGGUCGCCCGUGGCCAGGGUCACCACAGUUGGGUCAGUGUCGUGGCAUUCGACCCCUUCACUACCUGCUACGGCGAAGCCGACGGCGACUUCUCUGGGUCCGACGACGAGGCGAUGCAACACCAGCAGCAGCACAAUAAUCAUAAUAAUUUUAGUGAUAAAUCCAAUAGACUGUCGACGACUUCCCAGGGGAUUCAUUCCAACAGAAAUUCCUGCAGCUCGGAACUACGCGUACCUGGGGGUACUUGUUACCGACUCGGUAGUGUGUCAGAAGACACACAGUUGUGUCUAUGGGACAUAACUGAGGACGUGCUCAGACAGCCAGUGUGUGCUAAGCAGAGAGUAUCAGCCGCUGGUUCGGGUACGCUCUCGUCGUCGGGUACUUUGAGCAGCGGUAAUGGAACCACGUCAAAUCACGUUACGAACAAUAUGAAGUUUAAUAAUAUGAAUAAUAUAAGUUUUAGUAAAGACGGGACAGUUAGUCAUAAUAAUUCCGACAGUAGUACGAACAAUAGCACCAGCACUAACACCGCUGUCUCAACGGUUAAUUCACUGACUCAAAGAUUCGCUGGUCUUGGGUUCGGUGAACGUAACAAGGGUGAUAAUCAUAAGAGAAAUUUUAGUCUGACAAUGAGAUCAAGUAGCACAAGUAAUAAUAGUAAUUCAGUGGUUAACAGUGGGGAUAAUAAAGCUAGUAGUAAUAAUACAAACACGAGUAAUUUAAAUAGUGUCGGUGGUAAUAAUAUAGGUGGUAGUAAUAAAAAAUCAAGUUCUGUGAUGGACGAUCCGAUGCGAUUAAUCGGGACUGCCUGGUGCCCAAGAUUUGAUGAGUGUCCAGUACUGGAGCCGCUUGUGUGCAAGAAAUUGGCACACGAACGAUUGACUGAACUAGUAUUUAGGGAAGAUUGUUUCGUCACUGCGUGUCAGGAUGGAUAUGUUUACACGUGGGCAAGACCUGGUCAUAUGGUAGGUCCUCUUACCAUAAGCAGCACCUUGCACAGACCACAUCAUCAUACUAAUUUACACACAAAUAUUAAUUCCAUGCGACUUAAUGAUCUCUGAUGUAACAAUUCUAGACAUUUAUUAUUAUUAUUAUUAUUAAUUUACUGUGAAAAAUUAUGAUACUGAAGGGAACGGACAAGUAAAAAUUUUUGGAUUUUUUUUUUCAACAAAUUGAUUACAAAAAAAAAAAAAAAGAAAAAAAUGCAUUUGUAGGAAAUUUAAAAAACUACAGGUGCAAUUUUUUCAAAUAUUUUUUUUUUCAUAAUUUAUUGUUUAAAAAAAAAAUCAAACUAUUAGACGUCGGCUAAUUUCAUUAUCAUAAAUUAUGAUACUGAAGGGAAUGGACGAUUAAAAAUUUUUGGAUUUUUUUUUUUCAAGAAAUUGGUUACAGAAAAAAAAAAUAAAAAAAUGCAUGUGUAGGAAAUUUUAAAAACUACAAGUGCAAUUUUUUUAAAUAUUUUUUUUUUUUAAUUUGUCAUUUUUAAAAGAAUUCAAAAGUUAUGAGACGUUGGCUGACUGGUAUCAUGAAGUUAAGAGACAAUUAAAAAUUUUUGGAUUUUUUUUUUUCAACGAAUUAAUUAAAAAAAUUAAUAAAUAAAAAAAUGCACGUGUAGGAAAUUUAAUAAACUACAAGUGCAAUUUUUUUGAAUAUUUUUUUUUUUUCAUAUAUCAUUUUUAAAAGAAUCCAAAAAUUAUGAGACGGCGGCUAACAGACAAUUAAAAAUUUUUGGAUUUUUUUUUUUCAACGAAUUAAUUAAAAAAAUUGAUAAAUAAAAAAAUGCAUGUGUAGGAAAUUUGAAGAACUACAAGUGAAAUUUUUUAUAAUUGAUUUUAAAAAAUUCCAAAAAUUAUUAGACGGAGAACUUCAGUAUCAAAAAAAAAUUGGGAGUUAAUUCGGAGUAAUUACGGAUUUUAUUUAAAUUUGAAUUCAAUCAGAGUUCCGGCGUUGAAAAAAAACAGGAUACGGAAUUUUUUUUUUGAGAGGAACGAUUUUGGAUUUUAUUUUAAUCUGCAUUUACUCUGAUGCGGAGUUUUAUUUUUAAAAUAAACUCCCAUUGGAGUAAAUUUUACUCCAAGGAGAUUAAAUAAAUGAACAGUAGGGUAAAUAAAAAAAAAUUAUGGUAAAGUUUGAGCUCUUAAAUUAAUAUUGAGCCUGUGAUUUUUGAUUUCCCAUUUAAAUAACAGGGAAAAAAUUUUAAUUUUGGAAUUUUAUACCUCGGCAAUGACUCAUUGUACAGAUAAGCUCAGGGUGUUUUUGUGUAGGGAAUUAAACGUUCUACAAAAAAAGUCUCUUAUCAUUUUUUUAUAAACUUGUGUUCAAAAGUUAUUGGAGCUUGAAGUCAAAUUUCUAGUAAAUUUCGAGAUCUUUUUACUUUUCCAGCGAAACUAUCGGACUUAUCACAAAAUGUCAUAGGAUCUUUUUUGUAAACAAUUUUAUUCCCUACAAAUUAUCUCUGAUAAAAUUUUUUAAAAUUCCGCAUUGUUUUCUAGUUAUUUUAAUUUUAAUGUCAGCUUUUGAAAUCGAUCAGAACACUACUUUUUUAAGAGCUUGAAAUUAAAAUGAAAAUAACUAGAAAACCAUGCGGAAUUUUGAAAAACUUUAUCAGAGAUAAUUUGUAGGGAAUAAAAUUAUCUACAAAAAAGGUCCCAUGACAUUUUUUGAUAAAUCCUAUAGUUUCGCCGGAAAAGUAAAAAGAUCUCGAAAUUUACUGAAAAUUUGAUUUCAAACUCCAAUAACUUUUGAACACAAAUUUACCAAAAAAUAAUAAGAGACUUUUUUUGUAGUGUUUAAUUCCCUAUAAAAAUAUACCCCGAGCUUAUCCAUAGAAUUAGUCAUCACCGAGGUAUAAAAUUCCAAAAUUAAAUUUUUUUCCCGUUUAUUUAAAUGGGAAAUCAAAAAUCUCAGGCUCAAUAUUAAUUUAAGAGCUCAAACUUUACCAGAAUUUUUUUCCAUCCAUCGAUAUUUUCACAGCAACAAAAAAAAUUAGAUUUUUUUUUUAGCCCACCCCAAUAAAAAGUCAUCUACUCCACCGUCACUCCGUAAUUAAUCCGCGUUCACUCAGUAAAUUUUUUACAGUGUAAAAUUAUUACUGUCAAAGCUUCACCAAUUUCAUUCUCUACUGUUAAUUAUUAUUAUUAUUAUUAAUUAUUAAUUAUGAUUAUUAUUAUUAAUUAAUAUUAAUUAUUAUCACUAUUAUUACAAUACUUUAUUCAUUUGAAUAUAAAAUUGUCGUACCAAGUGCGUUUUAUGUUAAAAACAUAAAAUAUAUAAAUGAAUUGGUAUAUAUUUACAUAUUCAAAAUAAAUAUAUUUAUAUUUGAAUUAAAUAAUAGAAGAUCUGUAGCGCUUUUAAUUUGUUAAUUUUUUUUUUCUUUUGUUAAUUGUUUUAAAAAAAUCAUUUUUUUAAAAUAUUUCAAUACUUUUAUUUUUAUUUAAUAUAAAAAUUAUAUAUAUUUAUAUAUAUAUUUACCUUUUUCUGCAAUUAAGUAUUAAAAUAUAUAACUAGGUAUUAAAAAAAUUCGUACCAGUGUUCAAAUUUUUUUAGUAAAUUAAAUUUAAAAUUUUUAUCAAACCAAAAUUAUUAUUAAUAUUUUUUUUUUUACGUGUGUGUGGUCGCGUGCCAUUUUAAGGAGGGUGGAAAAAGAGCGUUAAAGAUCUUCUACGUGUUAAAAGAUUUAUUACUUUUACCGUAUCACUGUUACAUUAAGAAAUUACGUACAUGGAAAAUAAUAAAAAUAUUAAAUAAUUUAAAUAGUUUAUUAUUAAAUAAUUUAAAGUCGCACGAAUAAUUUUACAUUAGACGAAUUGUAUAUUUAUUAUUACAUAUUACAUAUUUUGCAACAUUUUUUUUUACUACACUGAGAGAAAAAAAUGAAACUUUAAGUAAAUGUUUUUCUUAUUUCCAUAAAUACUCAAAAUAAGUAAUAUUUUGAAAAUUAAAUUGAUAGUUGGUAUUUUAAGAAAACUAUCGCUCACUUUAGUAAUAAAUUUCUGGAAGCAUGAAGAACUUGGCAAGCAAAUAUUUAUUCAAUUUAAUUGAUACGUUCUCAAAUUUAUUACAAUUAAAAACUUCAAUAGAGCAAUUAUUUGGUUAAAAAAAAAAGAACUGAAGAAAGAUAUAAUUAAAAAUUAUUCAGGGUGGCCACAAAGAAAUGAUUUCAAAAUUCCCUGAUAUUUCCCGGUUUUCCAGUUGAGUUUCACAUUUUUCCCUGAUUUAGAAAUUUUAUUCGUAUCAUUUAGAUAUUCAAAGUUUUUUUUAUAUUUUCAUUUUUAAUAAUUAAAUUUGAUAAUUAAAUUAUAAGAGAAACCAGAAAAAAAGGCAAUAAAAUAAAUUAAUGUUGCCUACUUUUGAUUAUUCGAUGUUAAAAAUGUAUAAGUUAAAAUAUUUAAUAAGAAAGUUUAUGAUUUAAAUAAAUUCAAAAUACACUGGUUACAAAAAUUAAGGGAUAUUCAAAAAAUUUCAAAUUUUUUAGUAAUUUUCAACAGAUUGUAACUCGAAGGAAAAUGGUCAAACGACAAAAACAAAAAGUCAAACUGUAGCUUCAAGUGUCUAGUUUUCUGAUCUGGGUCUUUAAAUUUUUUUAUUAUGCACAAUUCCGGAGCAAUCAAAAAUCAAUGAUAAUUAUCGAAAAAAUUUAUUGAAGCUCGAAGACCGUUUUUGAGACGACCAAAAAUUUGGUAAAUUUAUUUUUCGAUAGUUUUCUUAGGAUUACUCCGGAACCGCACAUAAUAAAAAAAUUUAAAGACCAGAUCAAAAAACUAGACACGUGAAGCUACAAUUUGCCUUUUUUGUUUUUGUCGUUUGACCAUUUUCCUUCGAGUUACAAUCUGUUGAAAAUCACUUUAAAAUUUGAAAUUUUUUUAAUAUCUCUUAAUUUUUAUAACUAGUGUAUAAUUUAAAAUUUUUUAAAUACUGAACUGUUACAAUUUAAUUCCCGGAUCAUUUUCGAAAUUCCCUGACAUUUCCGUGUCAUUUCCCGGUUGAAUUAAAUUCCCUGAUAAUUCCCGAUAUUCCUGGUUUUCCCGGUUCGUGGUCACCCUGUUAUUGCACUAAGACAAAAAUUUGUUUUUAUAACAAAAUGAAAUUUCUCAUUGGUGUUGAUAAAAAUAUAAAAUAUACUAAUUUUUCCGCGAGCUGCUUCUAUAAACUAUUAAACAUUUAAAUUUUAUUAUUCAAUUGUGUAAAUUAAUAUUUAAGAUGACAAACAUCGUUGAAUAACUUAAGAGUUUAUUAAAAACAUGAUUUCCAAAAGCCGCCGUGUCUGAGCGCGCUAAGGCGUAGGUCAUAAGUCUCGAUCGGCCUGGGUUCGAAUCUUAGGUUGGGUAAAAUUAUUUACUUAUAAAAAAAAUGUUUGUUGAGGUACAAAACUAAUCUGCACAACAUUAGAUAAAAAAAAGGCAUGUCUACUAAUAUUUUUUUGACAAAAUAAAAUUUUUUUCUUA